CAAAAAGUGAAAACCUAAAACUCUGGUUGCCGCAGUACAUGAGUGAACCGCUGGAGUGCUGUCUACUCCCGGUAUAAGUACAGACCGUGUGACGCAUACUGGCAGCUGGCGAGUCGGGUCGAGAGUCCAGCUGCUGGGCGUGCCAGGCUGCAAACUCGGAGACGCGUGGAUUCAAGCCUGUCCCGAAAAGCAAAUGAGAACCAGAAACGGCGCUAGACACUAAAAGUGUUUCUUAGUACGGGAUAAAGUGCAGAGAUACUUCGACAGAGCUCGUCUAGAUGACAAAUAGAAGCCCGCCUGUUUGUUACAGAGUUACGGUUAAGGAGUUCGCAUCACUCAGAAGCUCACUAAAUCACGCUAAAACGUCGCUGAACAGUUCUUCUAUCAUUUUCUCUUACAACUGCCUUGGUUGCUCAGCUCACGACGAAGUUCGUCUCUUUGCCGGGAGGAUUUUCGACUCAGUAACAGAACGUAGCCAGCGCGUGGCCUCACACGUGUCACACCAAGAGCAAAACUCCAACCAUGACCAGAAAGCCUUUGCGAAUGGGGCAAAUGAGGAGGCCCUGCGUGGGAACUGGGUGUCAAAUGCGGAGAGCGCCCAGAGCCAAACGGACACCUCGGCCGGAGUUGCCAUUUGUACAGCUGCCGAAGACGACAAUGUCACGCCAUCUACUGCGACACUGUCUUUGUCGCAGAGUUCCCUCACAGCUACUUUGGCGUGUGUCAAUAGUUAGAACAAGGAGCAGGGCAACAACACGGCUAUGCUGGCAAGUUUGACCGCUGUCUGCGACGGACAGACUACAAGACCGCCGGCUUCGCGUGCAGGCGAUUGCAAGAUCGGGAAUGAGGUCCUGGACAAUUCGUGACGCUGGCAAAAUAUUCUGAGAUGGUCGAGAGCUCGGAUGGACCCAAAUAAACAGAGACGAGAAGGACCACGAAGAGUGGACGCUCCAGCUAAAGGAAACGGAUCUUCCUCUAACAGACAAAACAUUCUUUGUCGGAUGCCAAACCGUUGCUCCGGCGUCUAACAAGUCUUGCAAAGUGACAGUGAACGUGAAUGCCAGACCAUCCUCUGCUGACGACAAAAAUGUUGUCAGCUGCGCAUACGGUCAGGCUAGCAACGAGAAGGCCGUGGAGGUCGAGAUGUCAGAAGAGAAGAACACUCUCACCGUUGACUGUGGUAAAGACGGAUCGAUGCAGCCUACAGACUACACAACUCAGUACUGUGCACCCGACACAGCUAGGUUGGACGACUGCGCAAAUAACUAUUUAGAUAUUCUGGACAAGUUUCACAGUAACUGGUGGACGAGCAUAGAAAAAAAAUUCCGUGUUACGCUAGCUAUCCCGAAGACCGAUUUCUCGACUGAAGACCAACACGUCGUUGUGGGAUGCGCCGCCCAUCCCACAUCUGCAACAACGCCCCAAAAGGCAUAGCAUUCGUCUGAGUUUGUGUCUACACCAUCAUCGGCGAGCUCUGCCUUUUCUGCCUUCAAUCGUCAACCAGUAACUGGUACCACUGGAGUGGCUGUUAUAUCAGCUUUUCUGGCCGGUUCUCUUUAAGCAUGGUGACGAGUGUAAAGUUGUUCAGAAGUUUUAACCUCUUUCUGUGUCCGGUUAGCGUCAAAUGACUAUGCAUCUGUGUAGUGGUAUUUUCUCUCAUGGUAUCCAUAACUCUCUGAGAGAUGUAUCUCUCCAUUUUUGUGACAGAAGCUCGUUGUGGUCCUCUUUCGUCCUGCGUCGACAAGGC